CUCUGUGAUUUCUAAUGCAAGCAAUUAUCCAAAAUGUAAUAUUCUGUCCAAGUUGUCUGUACAAUCAACAGUUAGCAUGACCCAAACUCGUGCGGUAAGCGCUCAUAGCGAUCAUGUGCGCAUGUGGAUGAUAGAGAGAAUGGUGGUUGUAUCCUUUCUGUUACUAAUACCUGCUGCCCUAGUUUUAGAAAAUAAAUUUAUCGAUAUGAUACUGGCAGGUGCUAUUGUCAUUCAUACACAUUGGGGAUUGGAAGCUAUCGCUCUUGAUUACGCACGACCCAUUGUGGUGGGUACAUUGGUUCCAAAAUUGGUGUUUCUUAUGCUGAAUAUACUUUCUGUCACUACUCUUGCCGGUCUGUUUGUGCUGAUUUAUAAUGGCCCUGGCCUUACAAAAACUAUUAAAAAUGGCUGGGCAAUAGGUAAAGAUAAAUAGAAAUCUGAUCAAUAUUACUGCAGCAGAAAUAAUUUCAUUACGUAUAUAAAUAACUUGUUAAGUAAUUCAUAAAUUAUUCCGGAAUAAAUU